GAGUAUUCCCGGGAGGAUUAGUGAUUUUACCACGCGCGGUAUGUUUCCAUUACACACACCGAAUGGUGUGAAUGGUUGGCAACUGGUCGCCUGUUCGCUGCUAUUGCUUCAAAUAAACCUAGGUGCAAAUGGGCAGCGCAUGAAGGAUAACAUGUACACAUCGGUCAAUGGGGCGCACUGCUUUCGGCGAUUAAACGGAACACAUGUAACGGGUUGUAGCUCAAAAAAUGGUGGAUCGGUCGGUGUUCUGCAUUUAAUCAAUAGCAAGGAAGACAUUGAUUUUAUCGUGCACAAGCAUCCAUCUCCUCCGUACGCGCCGAUUAUACCGCCGGCCCUUUAUACGCGAGAAAACAUUCUCCGGCUGCGGGAUGAAGCCGGUCCGUACGUUUCCGCGCUGAUACUAAUGAACAACGCCAGUGGAUUGCAACAGUUCAGUCAAGAGUCACGUUGCCCUAACCAGUACAGUGGACUUUCGUCCGUGCUGAAUCAGCUAGCAGACGAUCAGCGCUGUAGUGUCGAUCGGGCUGAGGACAGCUGGAACCCAUGGGGUAGUGGUUUGCUGCUGGAAGACUUUCCAUUUCCAAUCUUCUACGUGGCGGACGUGUCGCAAAUGGAGAAACUGCUCGACUGCUACGAACGGUUUAACGCACACGAUCUCGAUCAUCAGCAUCAGCGCAGCUUAUGUGCGAUUGAGGUGAAAGCGUUCAUGUCGGCAGCCGUCAGCACGGAUAUCUGCAUACGGCGAUCCAACUCUUACAAUUCGCUCAUUCCAGCCACAAAGUACUGUGAUCCGCUGCAGGGGAAAAACGUGUAUGCCACGCUUUUUCCCAGACCGAUUGUCCCGGAGGAGCAGCGCGUCGAAGGACCGGAACGGAUUGUGCUCGUGUCAACCCGUACCGAUACGACCACCAUGUUCGAUGGGGUCGGGCUGGGUGCAAUGGAUUCAGUUGUUCCUUUCACCGUGCUAGUGGCGGUUGCACAUUUUCUCUCCAAAGCACUACCCAACAACGAUAGGAAUGUACUGUUUCUGUUCUUUAACGGGGAAUCGUACGAUUAUAUUGGCUCUCAGCGGUUCGUUUACGAUUUGCAAACGGGUGCGUUCCCUUCACGCGGCACCCAAACCAAACCCAUCUCGAUGGACAACAUCGAGCUAAUGAUUGACAUCGGAUCGCUGGACAACCUGACGGAGCUGCAGGUUUAUCACGCGGCACCCCAACCGAUGGCCACAAAGGUGGCCGAGCUGCUGCGCAAAAUUAAUCAAUCGCUCAAGUUCGGCAUUCAGUCGGGACAGCCAAUUCUGACGGGCAAUCUGCCCCCGGUCUCGGCACAAUCUUUCCUUCGGGAAAACAUUACCUUCCCUGCUGUGAUAAUUGCCUCGAAGCCGAACAAUCGGUUUUAUCACUCCAUCUAUGACGACCGGGAAAAUCUGCACUAUCGCUACAGCAACUACUCGCAGAAGUAUGACUUUACGCAGCUGGAAGAUCUUGAUCUCGGUGAUCAUAGCGAUCUGUACGGGAGGGAUUCGAUCCAGAUGCGCAUCCGGAACGCGUCCACGCUGAUCGGUAUGAGCAUCUACGAGCUGCUGGUGGGUAGAGCCUACGAUCAGCCCUACGGUACGAACAGUGUGCUGAUAGACGAGUUUCUACACUGCUUCCUCGAAUCGGCUGACUGUCCGUUGUUCCGGGCAACGGUGAAACCGGACUCGCCACAUGUCUAUCCGGCACCUCCGUCCCGGUACAUUAGCGUGCACACAACGCUAACCGCGGAUGCAACCGGUUGGACAUACCGUGUGCUUGGUUUGCUGCUGGGGCAGAGGGUGGAAAACGUUACCAAGGCGGACUGUGCGGGAAUGCACCUACCAUAUCAGUGGAUGGCCGGUUACGAUGGGGCCGGUGAAUGUCGUAGGACAACGCAAAACAUGAGCUUGGCCCUGUCGCCAGCGUUCAUGAACGAAACGUACGAUUUUUCCACCUACCGAUACUCGACCUGGACCGAGUCGACGUGGUCGGAGAUGUCGGCGCGAAUAUUUCUGCGACCUUCGCCAGCCCACGAGACGCUUACCCUGUCGAUCGGUAUCGUGGUGAUGGUGAUUUCGUUCGUGUUGGUGUUUCUCAUUAAUAGCCGCUCGGAUGUGCUGUUUAAUCAGGGUUCCACCUCGUCGAUACCCAUUGCCACACAGCCAACACAAUGUUGAAGCGGUCCAUCUAAAUUAAUCCGAAUUCGGAAUAAUGUUGGGCUUGAAGAUAUGAUCAAGCGGACUUGGCUGUACAUGCUGUAGCACAUCAUCAUCGCAGGCCAACAUUUUGUUGUCGUUCUUCUUCGUCCUAAGCACCAUCCAACCAUCUUCGUCGUUGCCCGCGUUUCACCAACCAACGAGGCAUUCUUACUAUUCCAUCAGACUUUAGCUUACUUAAACGAAUGAAACUAAUGAUAAUGCUACCUUACAUUAAUACUGUCGUAAUACAAUUGAUAUUUAUAACAUUCGGUAGAACAUAUUUUUAUAAUACUACAGAUAUGAUGAGGGAAUCGUGCACAAGCAGAUUUAUUUGCUCAAAACGUUCAAAAUCUCAAACUGUGUCUAAAAGAAUGUGGCUCUAAAAACAUCCCAUAAUGGCAAAAAUAGCGACGAACAAAUUUACCGUGAACAGGUAUUAAACUGAUCGAAAUAUGCCUGGGUAGGACGAUUCUGGUACACCACCUUGUCGAGAUGCUGCAGCUUGCGCUGUUGUUCUAACGACCGUAGAUGAUUUUCCUGCCUGAUUUGCUCGGCCAGCGCAUGCCGUCUACGGUUCAGCUCACGUUCCUUCAUGGUGACCGUACGAUCAAAAUCAUUCGCCAAUU